GAAGUGCCCUUGACCGGUGGGGAGGGCCGAGCUGUGCAUCCCUCCGCUCUCGCUGCAGGGAGAUGGUGCAGCGGCUUCUCCUGAGGAGGUUCCUGGCCUCCGUAAUCUGCAGGAAGCCCUCUCAGAGUCGAUGGACGCCCCUUGCCUCCAGGGCCCUGCAGACCCCACAGCGCAGUCCUAAUAACCUGACAGUAACACCCAGCCAAGCCCGGUCAAUAUACACCACCAGAGUCUGUACAACAACCUUUAACAUCCAGGAUGGACCAGACUUUCAAGACCGAGUUGUCAACAGUGAGACACCAGUGGUUGUGGAUUUCCAUGCACAGUGGUGUGGUCCCUGCAAGAUCCUGGGGCCAAGGUUAGAGAAGGUGGUGGCCAAGCAGCAUGGAAAGGUGGUGAUGGCCAAGGUGGAUAUUGACGACCACACAGACCUCGCCAUAGAGUAUGAGGUGUCAGCUGUGCCCACCGUGCUGGCCAUCAAGAAUGGGGACGUGGUGGACAAGUUCGUGGGCAUCAAGGAUGAGGACCAGCUGGAGGCCUUCCUGAAGAAGCUGAUUGGCUGACAAGCAGGGAAGCGUCCUGGCUGCCCCUGCCCACCUGGGCCCCGUGUUCCCGUGGGCACCCCGAUAGAACUCACUGCCCUUCUGUGCCAGCCCUUCCCGCCUCUUCCUUCUGUCUGGCCCCUGUGGGCCUGUGCUUUGGAGACCAGGCCUCCAAACACAGGAGCCUCAAGUUCUCCCAACCCGGCUGACCGCCAGGGUGGCUGCCCAAGGAGCAGUGCCGCCGCCGAGCUGGGGCAGCCGUCUCCCCACCCACUCUCUGUCUGCUCCCCCUAGGGCUUGUCGCCAUGCUUCCAGGAUGCCGGGACAGAGUCCCAGGGCCAGCCUGCAGUAACAGCUUGGUCUCCCUGCUCCCUUCUGAGCUGAACCCCGGUGCCUGGCUCAU